UUCAGAAAGAACGUGAAUCAUGAACGGUAUAGGAGAUCACUGGAACAUGACUACAGAUAUCCGAGUGGAAGAUCCUGAGAUUUCACAAAUAAUUGUUAAUGAAAAGGAGCGACAAAGAAAGGGACUUGAACUGAUUGCCUCGGAGAACUUUACCAGCAAGGCAGUUCACCAAGCUUUAGGAUCAUGUCUGACCAACAAGUGCUCUGAGGGUCAACCAGGUCAAAGGUUCUAUGGUGGAAAUGAGUUCAUUGACCAGAUUGAGGUGCUGUGCCAGAAGAGGGCGUUAGAGGCUUAUGGAUUAGAUAGUGACAAAUGGGGAGUGAAUGUACAACCUCUGUCUGGAUCACCUGCCAACUUCGCUGUAUACACUGCCUUGGUGGGGCCUCAUGGACGCAUUAUGGGUCUUUACCUACCUGACGGAGGUCACCUCAGCCAUGGCUUCAUGACCCCAUCUAAAAAGAUAUCAGCCACGUCCGUUUACUUUGAGUCCUUCCCCUAUAAAGUUGAUCCCGCAACUGGACUCAUUGAUUAUGACCGCCUCCAUGAAAAUGCCAAAAUGUUCCUUCCAAAGAUGAUUGUAGCUGGUGUGAGUUGUUAUUCAAGAAACCUUGACUACAAACGAUUCCGUGAGAUUGCCAAUGAGAACGAUGCUUACCUAUUGGCUGACAUGGCCCAUGUUAGUGGUUUAGUUGCUGCUGGUCUCGUUUCAAAUCCUUUUGAAUGCUGUGACAUAGUAACUACCACAACCCACAAGACUCUUCGAGGGCCACGAUCCGGAAUCAUUUUCUACAGGAAAGGUGUGAGGAAAGUACUGAAGAACGGAAAUCAAGUCAUGUAUGACAUGGAAAAGAAGAUAAAUGCGGCAGUUUUUCCAGGACUUCAGGGAGGACCUCACAACCAUCAGAUAGCUGGUGUUGCUGUAGCCCUGAAGCAGGCAUGCACACCAGAAUUCAAGACUUACCAACAACAAGUCAUCAGUAAUGCCAGGGCCAUGUGUGCAGCUAUGCAAAAAAGAGGAUACACCAUUGUGACCGGUGGAACGGACAAUCAUCUGAUUUUGGUAGACCUUCGUCCUAACAAGAUUGAUGGAGCCCGUGGUGAGAAAAUCCUUGAGGAAAUAGGCAUUGCAAUCAACAAGAACACUUGCCCAGGGGACAAGAGUGCCCUGAAACCAAGUGGCCUGAGAAUAGGAACACCAGCUCUCACAUCCAGGAAUUUGAAAGAAGCAGAUUUUGAACAAGUUGUCGAGUUUAUUGACAAAGGAAUCAAGCUGGCCUUGGAAAUCCAGUCGAACUGUGGACCCACUCUCAAGGAGUUCAAUGCAAAAAUCCAUGAGGAUGAAGCUGUGAAGACAAAAAUAGCAGCACUCAAGCAAGAGGUGGAGUCUUUUGCACUGACCUUCCCUCUGCCUGGUCACGAGGACUGGUAGAGAGUCCAAGACUAAAAAAAAGGAUUGGUAGACAACCUGUUUUUGAACUUUACAUAAACGUUAAUAUAAUCAAUUUAUUUACUGUACUGUUGUGUAUGAGAAAUAUUUUGAAGAAACUACAAGUGUUUGUAUCAAGGCAUUCAUCAUAUUGUACAGUGUCUUAUCAGUUGCUAAUCUGUUGUUUUUUCAAAACAAUAUAUAUGGGGGAGUUGUACUGAAAUCAAACUCAUGUAAUAGUUGGUUGGAGUUGUACUGAAAUCAAACUAAUGUAAUAGUUGGGUGGAGUUGUACUGAAAUCAACAUGUAAUAGUUGGAUGUAGUUCUACUGAAAUCAACAUGUAAUAGUUGGUUGGAGUUGUACUGAAAUCAACAUGUAAUAGUUGGUUGCAGUUGUACUGAAAUCAUCAUGUGAUAGUUGGAUGUAGCUCUACUGAAAUCGACAUGUAAUAAUUGGGUGGAGUUGUACUAAAAUCAGCAUGUAAUAGUUGGCUGGAGUUGUACUGAAAUCAGCAUGUAAUAAAUAUAUCAUAUGUAUGUAAUGCAAUGGUAAUGGAUUUUGCGAGUUAUGUACCUUUGCUUGAGCAUUGUGUCACCGAUAAGAUGUGUAUAUGUGUAUGUAUGACAGUAGUUUGUUUAAUUAUAGUUGAAUUAUUGAUUAUAAGUGUGAAUUAUUGUGUUCAGAAUGCAGGAUACAUGUAUAUGUAUUUAGUGUGAGAGUGUUUGCAAGUGAUUAUGAUAAGAUUAUUUCAUAAUGAAAACAGUGUAUGCUAAUCGAUGUGCACGACUGUGAAUGGGAACGUGUGCUAGUUUAAAUGUGUGAAUGUAGCAAAGGUGUGUGGGGAGGGUAGUUGGCUAAUAGUGUAGACGCCAUUGGCUGGCACGUCAUCAAUAGGUAGUUUGGUUAUAACUUCCUAAUAGUGUUAUAGUAAAGAUUUGGUUUAUGUAGUGUGGGUGCUGGUUUUACUCUGUGGCGUUGUAAAUAUUUCUUGUAGUUGUUGUAUAUUGCCAAUGAUGUAUUGUUGAAUAUUGGCUUUAUUCUACUAAGAAGGGGAUUGCAGGUGAUGAUUGCUUAUACACAUUGUAUAUGUAUAUUAAAAUUUUGAAAUGGUAAAUUGAAUGGUUUAUUCAUCUUGUUAAAUGUGACUUAUUGUACUCUGUUGCAUUAUUAGAAUAUAUAGGUGCAUAUGUAUCAUUUUUUUCAAUUUAUCAUUACUGGGGUACACAUGCUUAACAAGUCAUGAAACAUGGUUGAACAUCAUAAACCUUUGUUGAAAAAUUAAUCUUGAUUAUGUCUCACCCUAGAACAGGGUGUGAAAUGAAAAUCCCGAUAAUCAAUGUAUUGUAUACCUUCAUAAUUUCUAUCGACAUGUAAUCAUGUUAUGUGAUAAAUGAAACCCUUCGUGUAAUCUGUUGAGAUUACAGUGACCUCAAUUUUGACCCCAGGUAGUUGAAAUGUGAACUUGUUCAAGAGAUGAUUGUUGCGAGUACUCUGGGACAAAUGUAUUAAUUUUCAGGACAACUGGAUAAUCAAUGAAGUGGGUAGAGUGAGGAUUUUUUUGUUAAUUUAUAUAUGUAGAUCUUUGUAUCACUUGAGCAAGU